AGGCCCACGGCCCGCCCACGCCCGCUCCGGCCGAAGCCCCCUCCCCUCCCUUCCCUUUGCGCCGCACGCGCGCGUAGGUGCGUGAGGCCGCGCCCGCCGGGGACCUGCAGUCGCGGGUCCGCCAUGGAGCACAUCCGCACGCCCAAGGUUGAAAAUGUCCGCUUGGUAGAUCGAGUGUCCUGUAAAAAAGCAGCACUGGGGACUUUAUAUUUGACGGCUACUCAUGUCAUAUUCGUGGAGAAUUCACCCGACACGAGGAAAGAAACCUGGAUUCUGCACAGUCAGAUCUCCACCAUUGAAAAGCAGGCAACGACAGCUACUGGCUGUCCUCUGCUUAUUCGCUGCAAGAACUUUCAGAUUGUACAACUUGUCAUACCACAGGAGAGAGACUGCCAUGACGUCUACAUCUCUCUGAUGCGCCUUGCACGGCCAGUGAAAUACGAGGAGUUAUACUGCUUUUCCUUCAAUCCCAAGCUGGAUAAGGAAGAAAGAGAACAGGGCUGGUUGCUGAUUGAUCUUAGUGAAGAAUACGAGAGAAUGGGCCUCCCUGAUAACUAUUGGCAGCUCAGCGAUGUGAAUAGAGACUACAGAGUUUGUGACUCUUACCCCACGGAACUGUACGUUCCCAAAUCAGCCACAGCACAUAUCAUCAUGGGCAGUUCCAAGUUCCGGAGCAGACGGCGAUUUCCUGCCCUCUCCUACUACUGUAAAGAAAGCCAUGCCUCCAUCUGCAGGAGCAGCCAGCCCCUUUCUGGCUUCAGCGCUCGGUGUCUGGAGGAUGAACAGAUGCUCCAAGCCAUCAGGAAAGCCAAUCCCGGAAGUGACUUCAUUUAUGUUGUGGACACGCGACCCAAACUUAAUGCAAUGGCCAAUCGUGCUGCAGGGAAAGGCUAUGAGAAUGAAGACAAUUAUUCCAAUAUCAAGUUUCAGUUUAUCGGGAUAGAGAACAUCCAUGUCAUGAGGAACAGUCUUCAGAAAAUGCUGGAAGUGUGUGAACUUAAGUCUCCCUCUAUGAGUGAUUUCCUGUGGGGGCUAGAGAACUCAGGCUGGCUAAGGCACAUCAAAGCCAUCAUGGAUGCAGGGAUCUUCAUUGCAAAGGCAGUUUCAGAGGAAGGGGCAAGUGUCCUUGUCCACUGUUCUGACGGCUGGGACAGGACUGCCCAGGUGUGCUCGGUGGCAAGCCUGCUGCUGGACCCUUACUAUCGGACUGUGAAGGGCUUCAUGGUAUUAAUUGAAAAGGACUGGAUUGCCUUUGGACAUAAAUUUAAUCAUAGAUAUGGAAAUUUAGAUGGUGACCCAAAAGAAAUCUCUCCAGUGAUCGACCAGUUCAUUGAGUGUGUCUGGCAGUUGACGGAGCAGUUCCCGUGCGCCUUUGAGUUCAACGAGCGGUUUUUGAUUCACAUUCAGCACCAUGUCUACUCCUGUCAGUUCGGAAACUUCCUGUGCAAUAGGCAGAAGGAGAGACGAGAACUCAAGAUUCAAGAAAGAACCUACUCUUUGUGGUCACACCUAUGGAAGAAUCGGGCUGACUACCUCAAUCCUCUAUUUAGAGCUAACCACAGUCAGAUGCAGGGGAGCCUUCAUCUGCCUACAGCUCCAUGCAACUUCACAUAUAAGUUUUGGAGUGGAAUGUAUAACCGCUUUGAAAAGGGGUUGCAGCCUCGCCAGUCUGUCACAGAUUACCUCAUGGCCGUGAAGGAGGAGUCCCAGCAGCUGGAGGAAGAACUUGAGGCCCUACAAGGAAGGCUAGAAAAGAUUCAGGAAGUUCACUUCAAUGGCACCAAAGUGAAGGGUAAGCAGAGCGAACCCAGCAAACCCUCGGGAUUUUCUACCUCAGACAACAGCACAGCCAACACUCCUCAGGAUUACAGUGGAAACAUGAAGUCCUUCCCGUCCAGGAGCCCUUCCCAGGGUGAUGAAGAUUCUGCUCUGAUCCUAACCCAAGACAAUUUGAAAAGCUCAGAUCCUGAUCUGUCAGUGAAUAGCGACCAAGAGUCUGGGGUGGAGGAUUUGAGCUGCCGAUCUCCAAGUGGUGGUGAGCAUGCACCCAGCGAAGACAGCGGCAAGGACCGGGACUCUGACGAAGCUGUGUUUCUCACUGCUUGAAGUUUCCCUUUGGAGUUCCAAAGUAAAAGACAAAGAAACUCCCAAAUUAAGGGGACAGUGCAAUUCAUAAUAAAAAAAAAUCUUAAGAAAUGGCACGUUCCAUUAAGAACCAUAAAAUAAGCUACGAAAAUAAAAAAAAUAUAUAGUCUCUCAAUAGCCAGUUAUUUUAUCAAAUCAGAAGUGUUCACCAUUCCCAAGGCUCAUGGUAGACUCACUAUGAAAAAGCAUACCAUCAUCACCAGAGGUGGUCCAUACACGUUUUCCCUGGCAUAGCAUGUAUCUACUCAGAAAGCCCUCCUCUCCUUUCUCGCCACCUGUUAAUGGUUUAGAAUUAUUUCACUUCCAGAUUCAGUUUGUUUUCUGAAACAUUUGACAUUUCCUUCUGCCUUUACCAAUAUUUUUGAAAAUAAGCAUUGAAAAUAGUCUUUUUUGUUAAUAAAUAUAUUCCUAAAUAGCUGUGGAAUUAAUAUUUCAGGUAGGAUAAUUAUUUUAACAUCUAAUUAGAUACUAUUUUAAAUUCUAUUUCUCCCUCUGGAGUAUCUUCUGCUUUUAUCACUUAGAAGUGCUAACAUGUAUGUUUUCUUUUUAAACAUGGAUGUAGUAUCUCAUAAAGCAGAAGUCUCACUCACUUUCUCUAUCUCAAAUAUGAAUCCAGAUAUCAGCUCACAGCAACUCUAGCAACCUUUUAUUAUUUCAGAGACUGUGCCUGCCAAAACUGUGGGCCACCACCAACCUGAUUCUAAAUGACAACACUGUGAACUUUGUAGGCAGUCAUACAUCAGCAAGGGAAACUCUAGUGAGGAACUAGGGAAUUGCAUGUCUUAAGUUACUUUUCUCUUGUGGUAAGACACCACAACCAAGG